UGCGCGCAUGAUCACCGCGCGCGCCUUUACCGUGCCUCUCUAUACAUAACAUUCUUAGAUACUGUAUAGUAUACUGUAAAUACACGGAUAUGUCAUAUCCGUCUUCGUAAAAGCCGGUGGUCGGUGACGCCGAGAAAGCGGUGGCAGCCGGAGAAUCGAGCCAGGAGAGCGGACUUUGAUCCGUUUGUGGUCCGAGUUGGUUCGAGUAGCCACGACGCCGUUGCCCGCGCGAGUCGUGCGCGUCCAACGAUCGAUUCGGAACCUAGCAGCCAGCAGAACGGAGCUGUCAUCACAGCGACUACUCCACAUGUGGACAUCGCCAUCCCGACUUAGGAUCGGCCGGGCACCCAGGAAAAAGACACAGCCUUAAGCUGAUAGCUGCGCCAUCAGCUGCUGUGGCCGGUGAAGGAUGGAGAACACCGAUGGAUCUAGGAGGAAGCUCUCUUUCCUCGGCUUCGGCAAACGGAUCGAUGGGCAUGGCGCGGAGAUGGGACCGGAGCUCGACGAGGAGAUGGAAAAGGUUUUCGCGAUGGACGCCGCAGAGAAAUUCGACGUAGCCCGGCUCGGCUCGCCCUCGGAAUCGACUGGAUCCGAUCGAGAUCGAGAUCGAGAUCGCGGACCACCGCGAUAUGGCGAUCGCGAUUUCAAUCAACACCGAAAAAGAAGUUAUCCCCAUCCGCACAUGCCCCUGAAAAGCUUGCAUUCCAGAUCUAUGCGACGGCAUUUUUCACCGGAAGGAUCGGAAGUAUCCGAGAAAGAUCAAAACAAUGUCCAGGCGAAGAGUAAUAAUGAAGUCCAGGAGGUGGAUGAGACGAAUCAUAACGGAUUGCAAUUAGCCGUCGCAUCCGAAGCCGAGGUCGAGAUCGAUGAAGAAACAGCGGAGGAAAUCGAAAACAUAAACAGUAGCGAGAGCGAGGCACCAAUCUCAGAAAGGGCAGCUUCCGGUUUCAGCGACAGCCCGACCGUCGGUAGCCCGAGAGUACAAUUCGAGAAAAUCAAGGAAGAAGAUGGACCAAGCGCACAAACGCCAGAAGUACCGACGGAUGCUGCUUCGAGCGGCGUCCACGAGGAAGACCGAAAGUGCCGACGGCAUCAAAAACACGAACAUAAACGUCAUCACCACAAGUCUCGCAAGUAUUCCCUGCAGGAGGAUCCGCAAUGGCGGAAACGAUCAGGCGCCGGUUUGUCAGACAUAUCGAGUUUACUGACUCGACGCGUCAGCGUCCAGCCAGAGGAGGCGAGCACUUUGCAAGAGCUUGACAUCGAUGACUUGGAAUCGCAUCGUAGCGAUGAUCCGCGCGGUAUGCGUCGGCAUAAAGCCGCCCAUAUGGUGCAGAUUGGUCGACGCAAGGAGGGCGGUAUCCCUCUCGAUACUUUUAAAAAGAUGUACGAUCACUCGCCGCACGAGGUGUUCGUCCAACUGGACGAGUUGCAUGGCUUGGGCGAGGAACGUGAGUGGCGGGAGACUGCCAGGUGGAUCAAAUACGAGGAAGACGUCGAGGAGGGUGCCGACAGAUGGGGCAGACCUCACGUGGCCUCUCUCAGUUUUCACUCGUUGCUGAAUCUCCGCCGUUGCCUAGAGACCGGCGUAGUCCUUCUCGAUCUGGAAGAAAAGGACUUGCCCGGACUGGCCUACAGAGUAGUCGAGCAGAUGGUCGUCGAGGAAUUGAUCCUGGCCGAGGACAGACCAGUCGUAAUGAGAGCGCUGUUGCUUAGGCAUAGACACGUGCAUGAACAUGAACGCGGUUUCCGAUUCGGCGGCAAGAGGAGUUACUCCAGUUACACUAGUCUUCAGUCCAUCUGGCUGGAGGAAGAAGAUGCUGCGCGGGAAGCCGCUGAGAACCAUGUAACCCAACAUAAUCUGCACGACGCGAAGCCGAAGAUCAUAUCAUCGAAUCUGGCGCUCGACAGUAAUCAUCACACCGCGAUCGAUAUAAAGGAGGAGCUAACAUACAUGAGUAGCAACGAAGACCUAAAGAAGAGUCACAAUGAGUAUAUUCUGAAGAGGAUCCCAGCUGGUGCGGAGGCGACAGUUGUUCUUGUCGGCGCCGUCGACUUUUUGGACCAACCAACAAUAGCCUUCGUGCGAUUGGCCGAGGGCGUGCUGAUGCCGUCCAUUACGGAAGUUACAAUACCGGUCAGAUUUAUGUUCACUUUGCUGGGGCCAAGAAAUGGGGACCUGGACUACCACGAGAUCGGUCGGUCCAUCUCCACGCUAAUGGCGAACACAUCAUUUCAUAAGGUUGCUUAUAAGGCAAACGAAAAACGAGAGUUGUUAUCAGCUAUCAACGAGUUUUUGGAUGAUUCGAUCGUACUACCGCCCGGUGAUUGGGAGAGACAGGCCUUGUUGCCAUUCAAUGAGCUCAAGGCGAAAAGCGAGGCUAUCAGAAAGAGGAAGGCGAAAGCGCUGGAGGAGAAGAGUAAGCCAGUGCAAAGCGAGGCAGCCAUAAAGAAAGCUCUUCUAGCUGCCGAAGAAGAAAAGAAGCUGUCGGAAGAUGAUCCACUGCGACGCACUCGACGACUGUUUGGUGGCCUCAUCAACGACAUCAAGCGUCGCUAUCCUUUUUACUUGUCCGACUUUACAGACGGGCUGAACUCCUCCUGUCUCGCAGCGGCCAUCUUUAUGUAUUUCGCCGCGUUGUGCACCGCUAUUACUUUCGGCGGUUUAAUGAGCGAUAAGACGCAGAAUGUGAUCGGCAUUUCUGAAACCUUGGUUUCCGGCUCGUGGACAGGCGUGGUGAUGGCUUUGUUUGCAACUCAACCGUUGGUGAUUAUCGGCACGACCGGUCCACUGUUGCUUUUCGACGAGAGCCUGUACAACUUUUGCCUGGCGAAUGACCUCGAGUUCCUUACUGUACGGGUAUACGUUGGCAUCUGGAUGGGUUUUAUCGCCCUGGCAAUUGCUUGUGUCGAAGGUUCGGUCCUUGUGCGACUCUUCACACGUUUCACCGAAGAGAUUUUCACCGGAUUGAUCUCCAUCCUCUAUAUCGUCGAGACGUUUAUUAAGCUCUACAACUACUUCAUGCGUAAUCCACUCCUCCAUGAGUACAGCUUUGGACCGGCCAACAACACCAUCUAUCCGCUCUAUGUCGUUGGAAUGAAGGUAACUAAUUCACCGUGGAAUAAGACCGAGGAGGAGAACCUGUACUUGGAGAACCCCCGCGAAUUGAUACCAAGUCACGACGCCGCCGGAUUGAUCAAUCAACCCAACACGGCUUUGAUGUGUACUAUCCUUUGCCUCGGUACCUUCCUGGGUGCCUACUACUUAAGAAUCUUUCGCAACAGCCAUUACUUGGGUCGUAGCGCCCGACGAGCCUUCGGAGACUUCGGCGUGCCUAUCAGUAUCAUUGUUUUCGUCCUAAUCGACUAUCUGACUAUGGUAAAGACAGAGAAGUUGCUGGUCCCCGAAGGUCUCACUCCGACCAUACCUGGUAGAAGUUGGUUCGUUUCUCCAACUGGCUUUGAAAAACCUAUUCCUCUUUGGAUGACUCUUGCUUGCGUGGUGCCAGCUUUACUGGUUUAUAUCCUAGUAUUUAUGGAGACUCAAAUAUCGGAAUUGAUCAUCGAUAAGAAGGAACGCAAGCUACGUAAGGGUAACGGCUAUCAUAUGGAUAUUGUGGUAGUUUGCCUGAUGAAUGUGGGAUGCGGUCUAAUGGGCGCGCCCUGGUGCUGCGCCGCGUCGGUGCGCUCCCUCACUCAUGUAUCCGCCGUGACUGUGAUGUCGCGUACCCACGCGCCCGGCGAUAAGCCGCACAUCGUCGAGGUGAAGGAACAGCGAGUAAGCGCCCUUCUGGUCGCAAUACUGAUAGGCGUAAGCGUGCUGAUGGCGCCGCUAUUACGCCGAGUGCCGAUGUCCGUCCUGCUGGGUGUAUUCCUCUACAUGGGCAUCUCGUCAACGAACGGCGUGCAGUUGUUCGACCGUAUCAAACUGUUUUUCAUGCCAGUCAAGCACCACGGCACAGCAAACUACGUGCGGCGCGUGCAAACUUACAAGAUGCACGUCUUCACCCUUAUACAGAUCCUGUGCCUAGUCGUGCUGUGGAUAGUCAAAAGUACAAGGGCUGCCUUGGCUCUACCCUUCUUCCUCAUCCUGAUGAUGCCGCUGCGCGCUCAAAUGAGCCACUUCUUUACCACGGCGGAAUUGCGCGCCCUUGACGGCAAAGGACCCGAACACGAGGUCGAAGACGAGCUCGACUUUUAUGAGGAGGCUCCGUUACCUGGUUAGACUGUGCCUUAAUCGACUUUUUCUCUCAUACACUUUCUCUAAAUUCGUCUAUCUUUUCAAAACUAUUUACUGGUAUACCUGCCUCAUACAUCAGGGUCUCCUAAAGCGUCUAGUGCCAGUCAGAGAGUACAGAGUUCUAUUUUCAUCAGAUUGAGAUGUAUAAUGUUCUAAUGUUGGGUUUACUGAUAGGAAACUGAAAAGUGAUAUCCAAUGUAUUUUAGAUAAAUGAUAGCGUUGAGAGUAUCGACAAUUGUCAGAGAUUAUCGGAUUUUCUUUUUAUGGUUUCUCAGUUGCACAAAUCUUUCCACAGAUUCUUGUUUCUAUUCUACUUUCUUCAUUUUUGAAGAUGCUUGCUUCCGCAGAUUUUUAGUCUCUCAUAUAUUUUUAAUUAUGCAUAAAACUAACAUUCUAUAGGCUUCUAAUAAAUUCUUGUUCGCGCACAUAACAUCGCGAAUCUUUAAACUUUUAUUACAAAUCCUUAUUUUACAAUUUCAAUUUCAAAGCGUAUAGUAUUUUUAUUCCACAAUUUUCCAAAUUUCUAGAUACACGAAUAUUCCAUUAUAUUCUUUGAUAACUGCUUUGAUUCCGUCUAUAUUUAUGCAGUUUUUCUUUUAUCGCAAAGCUGUGUAAAUCGUUUCAUUACAUUAUAGUAUAUUUUAAAGCGAUUAAAUUAUUCGCGCAUAUAUGCCUAAUGAAUGCUUGGAUAUGCUUAUGUUCUUGAAAUUAAAUGGAAAGCCUCUGAGUGCCUCAAGUUUGAUCGUCCGACGAUACAAAGCUCAGGAAAAGUUAAUGUAAUGGCACGUAGAAAUAGUGCCAAAUUGAAAAGCGUUACGGGAAUAACAGUUUGGCUAGGUGGUGUGAUCGCCGAAAAAUAAUCAUAAUUCUUACGAACAUCUUUCCUUCCUCUUUCUCUUCCAUAGAUAUAUUUCUUUGAUCUUUCAGAAUUAGAUUUACGGAUUUUUCUGCAUCGUACAAUUUACAAUUCUUAAUAUCUCAGAUUCUUAGACUCCGCGAUACAUAAAAUUUUCCAAGAUUUCCUCUUACAUUUCUUCACUUCUUAUAUUCACAAUUGCUUCGCAGUGCGAAUGCACAUCCUUCAUUAAUGAAUCUAGAAUUGAAAAUUUCCAAUUCUAUUAAUUCGCGGUUUUGCAAAUACGAGAUUCUGUCGAUCUUCGAUUCCACGAUUUAUAAUCAAUGAAAAUUCAUAUUUUAAUAUCUUAAAUCUUUAUAAUCCGAUUAAUCCCAUCAUUUCCGCAAACUUUUCCACAUUCGCACAUUCUUAAAUCAAUUUAGAUUUCUGAUUCCUAUUUACAUAUAAAUGUACGCUAUCUUUAAAUUCGCAAGUACUUAGACAUAUGUACCUGCAUAUUUUAUUAUGCACGCGCGUAUACGAAUAAUUAGACACUGUAUACAUUCAUAUAUACACAUGCAAACUCGUAUAUCUCAUUGACUUGCACAGGUACUUACAUUCUGUGAGAGAUUACUUAAAGAUAGGCGAUUUCUUACAUAUGUAUAUAUAUUUUUAUAUCUUCAGACACGCAUUUUACACGUUCAGAUUUUCAAUUCCGUAAAUCUUUGCGUGGAAUAGAUCUUCCGUUAGAUUUACGGAUUUUUCAAUGAGUAUACGAGUCCUGCAACUUGGCUGAAAUCGCAGUGUUUUAUUCUAUUUGACUUAAUUUCUAACGUGCUGCACUCGAAUCCUAUCAAAUAUAUGAAUAAAUUCGUAAAAUAUAUAUUUAUUCGUUAAAUACUAUGAUUUUAAUCCAUUUUUACGUUGGAAAUUCAAAAGAAGCGUGUGCGUGCUUCCAGCAAGACUAAACAAUCGAUAAUGCUAUAAUUGAGCGGUUCGGAGCCUAUAAUAAGGAAUAAGGCUGGUGAAAGAAAUAGAAGGCUAUAGUUAAUUGAAUAAACUAUUUUCAACUCUAAAAGAUAUAUAUAUACAUAUAUAGAUGAUAAAUUGUAUUUUCAUUCUCUUUAGAGUAUGUUACUAAAUCUCUAUAAAGUCGCUUAUAUUAUGGGAUAUAUUGAUUGUUAAUUAAUAGUAGGAUAGAGAGAGAAAAAACGGAGAAACCCUGAUACUCUCUUAAUCAUUGUGAUAGCAAGCAGAACUGCUCGAAAACCAAGACUAUAUUUAGACGAGCACUUUAAUGUUGAUAACAAACAAGUUUGUAAUGCAGAUUCUAAUUAGUGACAUUUAAUCAUUCAUCGUAAGUAUUGAUGAACACAUGUAUAUGCAAACACAUAUACACACAUCUGCAUGAGUUACUGUAUGGUAUUAUGUUGUAAUGAAGGCGAAUUGUUGCGGAGCGAUAGAGCAAUUGUAAAUAAUCUAAUUAAUGUACAGUAUUAAAAAAAAAAAAGAGAAGUAAUAAUUAGCAAUAGGCUCUCAGUAGCUGAUUUACCUCUUAAAUUUUAGCGCGACUAAAGGAAUAAAAUAUAUAUUUUAAUU